AAGAAGAAGGAGGAGGAGAAGAAGAAGGAGGAGGAGGAGAAGAAGAAGAAGAAGAAGAAGAAGAAGAAAGCGAAAGUGUUGUUCUGAAUCGCAAACUGCUGUUUGUCAGCUGAUGAAAUGAUGGAAGGAAACCGGGAUGAAGCUGAAAAAUGUUUAAAUAUCGCUGCUAAAGCCCUCGAAGAUGGCAAUAAAGACAAGGCUUUGAAAUUCCUCUACAAAGCAGAAAAACUGUAUCCAACCAAGAAAGCAAAAGUGUUGUUGGAAGCCUUGCUGAGGAAUGGUACUUCGGCAGGGAACAGCACUGCAUACUGCAGGAAGUCAUCAAAUGGAACAGACCCUGGAUCCCAAACCCAAUAUGAGGCACAGAAACAGGACUCAGCAGCAGAUUUAACUAAAGGAUUUACCAAAGAGCAAGCUGAAGGGGUACAAAGGAUAAAGAAAUGUAAGAAUUACUAUGAGGUACUGGCUGUCAGAAAAGAUGCCAAUGUUGAGGAACUGAAAAAGGCCUACAGAAAACUGGCUUUGAAAUUCCACCCUGACAAAAACCAUGCACCAGGAGCAACCGAGGCCUUUAAAAAGAUUGGAAAUGCAUAUGCAGUGCUCAGUAACCCAGAGAAGAAGAGGCAGUAUGAUGUAAGUGGAGGAGAGGAGCCCAGCAGCACUCAUGGAGGAUUUGAUUUCCACAGAGGCUUUGAGUCUGAUAUUACACCUGAAGAUCUUUUUAACAUGUUCUUUGGAGACGGCUUCCCUUCAUCUAACACACAUGAAUUCACUAAUGACCAAACAUACAGUCACCAUUCGGACCAAACCAGAGGAGAGAGAACGGAGGAGAGAGGAGAUGGUGGGUACUCCAUGUUUAUUCAGCUGAUGCCGAUAGUUGUGCUGGUCUUGGUCUCAAUCCUCAGCCAGAUGUUGGUGUCCACACCUCCUUAUAGCCUUUACUCCAGACCGUCCACAGGACAGACUGUUAAGAGACAAACAGAGAACCUGCAUGUGGACUAUUUUGUCACCAGAGAUUUCAAAUCAGAAUAUAAGGGCUCAGCUUUACUAAAGAUUGAGAAGAAUGUAGAGGAGGAUUAUGUUUCUAAUGUGCGCAACAACUGCUGGAAGGAAAGACAGACAAAAACAGAUCUGCUGUAUGCUGCUAAGGUCUACAGAGAUGAAAGACUACAGCGAAAGGCUGAGCUCAUGACCAUGGAGAACUGCAAAGAGCUGGACAGAUUAAACAACCUGUUCCGUGGUGGAUAAACCUCAAUCUGAAACUAAGAGACACUUAAGAAUAUAAGACACCAUGGUAUAAAUGUAUUGUUUGGUUGUUGUUGUUUUUAGUUUGUUUUUUAAAAAAACAUUCUUAUACAAAAAAAAAAAGUUAAGUCUCUCACCUUCUUCUGAAAUAUGCUUUGCUCAGAAAUAAAUUCAGAAAAAGAUCAUUUUUA